AUGUUCCGUUCCAUGUCGAUCCCUUCUGCAAGGUAUAAAGGAAGGCAGUCUGGCCACUCCUUUGUCCCCCCAUCAAUCAAGCGUAUUGUGUCUCACCGAGCUGAACGAGAGAACGAAAGACGAUCCGAGAGUGAAGAAUCCUACGUUGAUUUAAUUUUCCACUGCUUCAAUCAAUCCCUUACAGACAACAAGAACGCAACAGGCAAGAUGGGAAAAUACCUCACCGCCCCCGUCUCGCUCAAGGCCGGCUCGCGGCACAACGCCGCCGUGCGUGCGUCCCGCAGCCGCGUCCGCUCCCCCAAGGCAUUCCUGCGUGGUGCAAGGAGGUGCUCGAGCAUCAAGUCGUCCAAGACGCUCGCGAUCGGUCGCGAGACGAUCCGCCCGACGACGCGCUCGCUCGGCCCCUCCCUUGCGGACCUCUACGACGACUCGGACUCCGAGUACGAGUACAACCCCGAGGAUUUCUCCGAGUCGGACUUUGACCCGUCCGAGUUCUCGGACGGAGACUUCCAGUCCAACUGGGAGUAG